GGACUCCCGGAAAAGUCACAGGGAAGAGGACGCUGCGGGAUUUCGUAGAAGCCAAUAAAGAUAGUUUCUGAGGCUCCGUUAAUCACAUAGGUAGCAAUGAGCAUGUGUGAUAUAGUUGUCGCGUAGUGCCCAGUUAUAAAAAAUUAUUAUAAAGCUCGAGACUUCACUGAUCGCCGAUCACCUUUUCUUUGCGUCAAAUUUACCCACGUUACACAUUUUAUCUUCUACCAGCGAAAAAACAAAUAUUCAUGAGCAUCGCAGGCGGCGACGACGACGCAGCUUCCGAUGGCGCUGUAGAAGCUCUCACUAUCUUAGGAGAGCACCUCAUCAACACAAUCCUUGAAGGUGGUUCUCAGGAAACCAUCAAGGAGAUCAUCGACCAAGGCGCGCCGUUAUGGUAUCAAAACGACAGCGAAGGCCUCUCCCCGCUACACGCUGCGGCGUACAUGCAGGAUCAAAGCCUCGUCAAAGCCUUUCUAGAGGGGGGAGCCGUGUGGAAUGCAGUCGACCACUUAAACAACACAGCGGGAGAUAUCGCGCUUUCUUUUAAUAAUCAGGAACUAUACACAACAAUACGAGAUGCGGGGAUCCGUGCCGAAAUGCUCCUCGCGCUUUUGGGUUCUGGGGCGACGCCAGAACCAUCCUCUAACCUGGUCCUCAAGAACGCAGAUAACUCAGCAGCCGCUUCUACGGACACGUUUCUGGCUUCGAAUCUGUCAUUUAAAGCCGAUGAAACCGGUCAGGAAAUUUGCGUCGUAAAAUUGGACGAUGAUGAAGAGGUUGGCGUCAUGAUGGGUUGGGAGAGGCCAAUUAUGGAAGAAACGGUUCGUUGUCUCUGUUCUGAUGGUGGACGGCAGGGAUUAAAGGUACUCAACGUGGGCUUCGGACUGGGAAUUAUCGAUUCACUUUUCCAAUCUCUCUCGAUCCCUCCUUCCGACCAUGUCAUCAUCGAACCCCACCCUGAUGUUCUGCGGCACAUGAAGGAACUUGGUUGGUUGGAUCGACCGGGAGUUAGAGUGCUGCAGGGCAAGUGGCAAGACUGGAUCAAUUCUGACGAACUCGUGGCAUACGGGGGAUUUGAUGUGAUAUACACGGAUACCUUUUCAGAAGACUAUUCUGAUCUUCGCCGCUUUUUUGAGUACCUCCCGGAUCUAAUGUCAGGACCCAACGCCCGGUUCGGGUUUUUCAACGGUCUUGGCGCCACUAACCCUCUUUUCUAUGAUGUAUAUACCCAUGUAGCCGAGUUGCACUUGGCUGACGUGGGUGUUGAUGUGGAGUGGAAGGACGUCGACGUUGGCGAUGGCAAGGAUCGAUGGGGAAAGACUCGCCAGUAUUUCAGUCUACCUCGGUAUCGGUUACCAGUGGGCAGAAUGGGAGUACUAUCUUAGACCAUGCCCAUAUCGUAUAAAAUCCACCCCAAAACCCAGUGUAAUUAAGAUUGAAUGACUUGUAUAGUUAAUAAUAAAUAGAUAUAGAACGAAAGGAGCGAUGUCAUGCGAGGGAUAGUACUAAGUGCCAUAAGGUACAAUGAUGGACAGGAAUAU